AUGGUGACCACUGGACUGUGGAUGCUGGCACAGAAGCAUAGGACAGGUAAAGACUUGCUGAAUUCAGCAUUCACACAGAAGGUUAAUCAACCCAAGUGCAGCUCGUUAGCAACUCUCCCUUUCCAGAUAGAGACCACAACACUCAGGAAACUCAAGGAACUGGUGAGCUGUUUAUCCCAGCCAGCAGAAAACACACAGGAUACAGGACAGAAGGCAGAGGUGAGGAAUAUGACAGAAAUCACAGAAAUAUUGCUGUUAGGAAUUCCAACUCUUCAGAAACAUAAGUUUUUAUCUUUCUCUCUGUUCCUUAUGAUUUACUGGGUGACAAUGUGUGGGAACCUCCUAAUCAUCUCACUGGUGGUGCACAGCAAGAAUCUCCAUUCUCCUAUGUACUUCUUCCUUACACAGCUUUCUGUGUGUGACAUUCUGAUGGCCACAGAUAUUGGCCCUCAUUCCGAGGCCCUUGUUCCCAAUAUGCUUUAUGUUGUCCUCAAUGACGGAGGCCUCAUAUCUCUCUUGGGUUGUAUCACUCAGUAUUUAAUAUUUUGUUCCUCAGCUUGUGCUGAGUGUCUCCUUCUGACAGCGAUGUCUUAUGACCGUUAUUUGGCCAUAUGUAACCCACUGCGGUACACUGCUAAAAUGAACCACAAGUUUUGUUUUAAAUUAGUUGUCAUGUGCUGGGUUAUAAGUUAUUCUGUGCUACUAAAUCAAGCUAUACCAAUAUCAAAGUUAUCGUUUUGUGGACCACAUGUGAUUGACCAUUUUUUCUGUGAUCAUGUCCCUUUGCUGGAACUUUCCUGCUCAGAUACUUAUGUAGUUAAAAUUGAAUCUAACUUGCUUUCCAUCCCAUUUGUUAUUUCCCCUUUCUUUAUAAUUAUUUUUUCAUAUAUCUAUAUUGUUUCCACCAUCCUAAAAAUCCCAUCACUUACUGGAAGACAUAAGGCCUUCUCUACUUGCAGCUCCCACCUGGCCGCUGUCUGCAUAUUUUAUGGCACCCUGAUAAGUAUUUAUGCAGUACCUAAGGAAGCAAAUUCACAAAGCAUAAGUAAACUCCUCUCUCUGCUGUACACUUUGGUAACACCUUUGAUUAACCCUAUCAUCUAUAGCUUUAGAAAUAAGGACAUGCAUCAAGCUUUUGAAAGGUAUGUCAGGAAUUGUUCUAUGAGUUAA